AAAGUCGAGAAGAAUAUAACACCAAAGAAAAACGAGAAAAAAUAGCAGAGUUAAACAUUAGUAAUAAAAACUUAGAAGGAGAAUUAGACUUAAGAGAAUUCGAAAAUUUGAAAAGCGAAAUUAGUUAUAAUGCUUUUUUAAGUAUUUUAAGACUGCUAGAAGCAGAAUCUUCACUGGUAAAGACGAAAGAAAUUUCACAGUUGCCAGAAGCAGAAUAUAAUAUAUUAGAAGAUGUUAAAGAAAAAAGAGCUACUCCUGAAACCCAAAAAACAGAUAACUCCUCUUUGUUUGAUGCCGUAAAGAACGACGAUAUUAAAACGGUCAAAGAUCUAGUUAUCGAAAAAAAAGUAGAUGUUAAUAUUUGCGAUCAGGAUGGGUUUACCCCCCUACAUAUAGCAGUGGCCCGCGAGCAUAUUGAGAUAAUUAAAAUUCUGCUUGCUGCCCAAGCCAAUCCUAACACACAAAGCAAGGAAGGCCACACCCCACUGCAUUUUGCCGCCGAAGGAAAUAAUUUAAGGAUUCUUAAACGCUUAGUCAAAAAUAAAUAUGGCAGCCAAAAAGGGGACAUUAAUGCCGUCAACAAAUAUGAGGGCCUAAAUACUGAAGUUGAGACUGAUGGCGAUGAAGAUUUUGAGAGGUGA